AGCUGAGUGAAAUUGGUGAUCCCAUUGAUACUUUAUUUUGCUUUUGUCGAAUGUAACAAAUUCGUGUAAAACUCUCGACCUAACAUGGGAGGAGCAGUGAGCGCUGGGGAAGACAAUGAUGACUUAAUUGAUAAUCUAAAAGAGGCACAGUAUAUACGUACUGAAAAAGUAGAACAAGCCUUCAGAGCAAUUGACCGAGGGGAAUAUUACCUGGAAGGUUACAGGGACAAUGCAUAUAAAGACUUGGCAUGGAAGCAUGGGAACAUACACCUCUCUGCACCUUGCAUUUAUUCAGAAGUCAUGGAGGCACUAAAGCUUCAACCAGGAUUAUCUUUUCUAAAUCUCGGAAGUGGAACUGGAUAUUUAAGUACAAUGGUGGGCUUAAUUUUAGGUCCCUUUGGCAUUAAUCAUGGAGUUGAGCUUCAUUCGGAUGUGGUUGAAUAUGCAAAGGAGAAAUUGGAGUCUUUCAUUAAAUACAGUGAUAGCUUUGAUAAAUUUGAAUUUUGUGAACCUGCUUUUGUAGUGGGCAAUUGUUUGGAGAUUGCAUCAGAUAGUCCACAGUAUGAUCGAAUUUACUGUGGAGCUGGCGUCCAAAAAGACCAUGAAAACUACAUGAAAAUUUUAUUGAAAGUCGGUGGUAUUUUAGUCAUGCCUAUUGAAGACCAGCUUACUCAGAUCCAGAGAACAGGGCAAAACACAUGGGAAAGUAAAAACAUUUUAGCAGUUUCUUUUGCUCCCUUAAUGCAACCAAGUAAAAACGACAACCACAAACCUGAGACUGUGAAACUACCCCCAUGUAAUGUCAGGAGUCUUCAAGACUUGGCCCGCAUCUAUAUUCGCCGCACACUUAGAAACUGCAUUAAUGAGGAAAUGCAGGCCAAAGGUAUACCCCCAAAGGCACCCCCAAAGCGGAAAAGGAGGCGGUGUCGCCGGCGCCGCAUAAACACCUACGUAUUUGUAGGAAACCAGCUUAUUCCCCAAGCCUUAGAUAGCGAUGAUGAUGAAAAGAUUGACGAGGACAGCAAAGAAGAAGAGAAGGAUCACAAUGAAGCUUUGAAAGCCGAGGAACCUCCACCAAAUCUUCUUCGAGAGAAAAUUCUGAGCUUACCUCUCCCUGAAUCUUUAAAGGCAUACUUGACCUACUACAGAGAGAAAUGAUGUACCUGAAACUGUAAUGCCUGCUGAUUUCAUUUCUUUCUUGAAAAUGUAGCAUUUGUUAAUAAACUAUUUGGCAGUUAAACCUUUUAGUGACAGUUUCAGUGGACACCUAAAACUGUCUAGACUCCACUCAGCUUUUGUUUUCUCUAAAUAGUUCUCUAUUUUCUCUACAUUUUCAGAUACAGUAUACACACGUUUUUAGUGUAGCAAGUUAUCACUUUGUAGCAUAGCUUGCAAUUCGGAAAGAGCCUCCAUAGCCCUAAGUCAAGAUACAGGACAAAGCACAUUUCAGACAGGUCCAAGUGAAUAGCAGUUGGCUUAUACAGCCAUCUAAGAUGCUUCAGUCACAUUGAAACAUUCCAUUCUGUUUCAUUUUUUAAACAUUUGUUUAUAUAUAACAGUUGACAGCAAAUGUAAUAGAUUAGCACAAAAGCAUUUUGUGGGUGCCACAAAUUGUGCAAUUGCUGAAAACGUUGAAGUUUCAGAUAGGAAAUUGUGCUGCCUUUUGAAGAAAUUGUUGCUCGUUACAAUCUUCCUUAAAUUAAUCGAAUCUAUGUAUGUUCUGUAUAACUAAUUUGUUAAAUUCCUCACUGGAUAUCUAUGAAUAUCCUGGUUUAUAGUGGUAAAAUAUAAGUUGUUCGCUGUAAUUAAUGGAGUUUUCAGUAGACAUUUCACUGUGCUCCAUUACAGUUAUAUUGUCCUGAUAUU